AUGGUCGCUAUACCCGUUCGCACCCCGGGCCCCGAGAGGCCGCACCGUGCAUGCACAAACUACCUCACCGAAGCUGACAAUUUGACUGUCAUUGAGAAUAGUUACGACACCUGGAGAGCAAGCAGCUUUUUAACGGUGGCCUUUGCAUCCGAUAAAUGCAUGCCAACAGGGCAGGAGGAGCAGGUCAAAGGUGUCGAGCGCAUGAAGGACAACUCGAGCAAGGGCUUCAUCACCAUCUGGAUCGUUGACUCGCUGCUGUUCCUAAACAAGCCAUCAUGA